GCACAGUUGGUGCAGCAGACAUGUCACGAAAACGAAAAUGUUGCUCAGGAAAGGGAAACAGUAUUUAGUAUAUAUAGUGCAGUUUAUCCUGAUAUCAGCGUGUUGCGGAUUAACGGAAAGAGAAAUAGUCAAUCUCAGAGCCAAUUUUAACGGAGGGUCACGAGGUCUUGCGUAGGCUGCCACUUAACUUACCUAGACUACCUAUAGGCUAGGUAGUAGGCGUUUCUUAGGAAAUACUGGGAAGAUGUGCGUGCCAUGUUCUAUCAUGCAUAUGAAGGUUAUAUGACACAUGCAUAUCCGUAUGAUGAAUUACGACCAUUGACUUGUGAUGGUCAUGAUACAUGGGGCAGUUAUUCUCUAACACUCAUUGAUGCUCUUGACACUUUGGCUGUAAUGGGAAAUAAGACUGAAUUCCAGCGAGUGGCUGCACUGUUAUUGGAAAAGGCCAACUUUGACCUUGACAUCAAUGUCUCUGUGUUUGAGACCAAUAUCAGAAUAGUUGGUGGCCUUUUGAGUGCUCAUCUUAUGUCGAGAAAAAUGGGGCUUGAAUUGGAAGAGGGAUGGCCUUGCUCUGGUCCUUUGUUGAGAAUGGCCAAAGAUGUUGCAAAUAGACUUUUACCAGCUUUUGACACCCCCACUGGAAUGCCUUAUGGUACUGUGAACUUGAAAGAAGGUGUUCCCUAUGGUGAAACACCUGUAACUUGCACCGCUGGUGUUGGUACCUUCAUUGUAGAAUUUGGUACAUUGUCAAGACUCACGGGAGAUACUGUUUAUGAAGAGGUAGCAAUGCGUGCAAUGCAUGCAGUUUGGGACCACAGAUCAUCCAUAAAUUUGCUAGGCAACCAUAUUGAUGUCACUACAGGGAGAUGGACAGCUCAAGACUCUGGAAUAGGUGCUGGUAUUGAUUCGUAUUUUGAGUACCUUGUUAAAGGAGCCACCCUACUUCAAAGACCUGAGUUAAUGGCUAUUUUUAAGCAAGCAAGAGCUGCAGCCGAUAAAUAUUUACGCCACGAUGAUUGGUAUUUAUGGGCAACAAUGACUAAAGGGCAUGUGACGAUGGCAGUAUUUCAGUCCCUGGAAGCAUAUUGGCCUGGAGUUCUGGCAUUGAUAGGAGAUACAAAUUCAGCGAUGAAGAUAAUUUUCAAUUACCAUCAAGUAUGGAAGCAGUUUGGUUUUACUCCUGAGUUUUAUAACAUCCCUCAGGCAGAAACUUCUGCCUAUCGGGAAGGUUAUCCUUUACGACCAGAACUAGUCGAGUCUCUGAUGUAUCUGUACCGCGCCACAAAGGAUGACACUUUGUUAAAAAUGGGGGCAGAUAUUGUGCGGAGCAUACAGCAUUCAGCAAAGACAAGCUGUGGAUAUGCAACAGUUAAGAAUGUUAAUGACCACACACUUGAUAACAGGAUGGAGAGUUUCUUUUUAGCAGAAACAACCAAAUAUCUCUAUCUUUUGUUUGAUCAAGAAAACUGGCUACAUAAUACUGGUAGUUUUGGCAUUGUUAUGGAUGUGAAAGGCCGGAAUUGCAUUCUUGAAGCAGGUGGAUAUAUAUUCAACACAGAGGCUCAUCCUGUUGAUCCUGGUGCUUUGGCCUGUUGUUAUCUGAAAGAAGAGGAUUGGACUUUGUCUUUAGAUGAUCAAGUUGCUCUUAUAAUUGAUCCAACUACACCAUGGAAUGAUCACAAGGGUCACAGUUCCAAGAAGAACAAGCAAGAGGAUAAUUCCCAAGAUUGCCAGGAUGUGGAAACGGAGAGCGAAGAUAAUUCUUUGGGGGAGAAUGAAAAAGGACCAAAAGAAGAUGAAGAGGCAAAUGAAAAGAAUGCUAAUGAAGUUGAAAACAUUGUAACAAUUCCACAAACCAGUGAAACAAAAGAAAGUGGAAAUAUUUUAUUUGAGGGGAUGGCUCAGGAUGUUCAAGUUAGUGAUGACAUCAAGGAAAUGUAUCAUUUAAUGAAAAGUCUGGAUGAGAAGCCCAGUGAGAGCAAGACUGACGAGAUGGAUGACACAGACAAUGAUAGUCAAGGAGAUGAAAUUUUAACAGAAAAUUCUUCAGUGGAUGGUGAUGCAAGUGAUCCAAAUACUACUGAAAACUUGCAAGAAUUUCUCAGCCCACAGAGCGAGAUGCAACAUGAGAAUGCCAUAGAAACUAAUGAUGAAAUACCCAGAAUUAUUAAGCAGGAUGAAGGACCACGCUUUUCAUCUCUAAGUGAAACUGUUGAAAGAGGAUUGGGUGCUAAUGUUUCGGGUAUGGAAGGGGCUAGUAUUGCACCAAGCGUUUCAAGUUCAAAGUAUGCUUCUAACUCAGGUGUUCCUCGCAUAGUGAAUGAGCCAAGGGACAGCAAGGCUUCAAAACCAGUUAAAAAAGUAUUUGUACUGAGAGAACUAAAAGAGAGACUAGUUAGUGACCUAUCUUCAUAUAGAAAUUUCACUCUCUCAGUCAGUCAUUCCUUGUUGUCAUGCUCCCAUCCAUCAUUUAGUAAUUUGCUUAAUAUUAAAGGGCAGAUGUUUUAUCCUUAGAACUUAAUCAAUUUCAAUCAGUUUUUAUUUUCGUAAAUAAUUUAAUUUGUAUGCAUUUUUUGAAUUUCAAUAAAAAUUUGUAUAAAUACAUAUUAUUUUACUCAA